AUGUUGUGGCACUGGCCCCGUUUGCUGCGUUUUUGUUCGAAAGCCGUUGGUUUGAAUCAUGCACUCCCCGUGCAUUGGGCCGCACGCCAAGUAGACGAUGCAUCCCAAAGCCCAGAGAUCCAAGGCGAAGGCCUGGACAUCAAGGCCCUCGUAGCCUCCCACCCUUUCAACAAAGGAAACCUUCGCCCUUCGCCUGCUGCGGCUCGGCGGUUCCGAGGAGAACCUCCGGGGCAACGUACCUUGUGCUAUGCUGGACAGAUGCGACUCAUUGCGAUUCCAAAUUGGCAGUCCACAACAUCAGAGCCUCAGGCAAUGCAGUUCCCACAAAGCUUUCGACCGGAGGGAACUCUCCUAGCAUCGGCAAUCGUAAAGACCAUGGCAUACUUCCAUGUUGGCCCAGGCUUCCUCCGUGAGCUUGUCCUGCUGCAGCCUCGCACUGUCCGAGAGUGA